AUGACUAGUCGUGCAAUUAAACAAGUCGUGACUGCUAAUAAGGCAGUUGAAGGUGGAGGAUUUGUAAUUCGAAGAUCAGUUGGUAGUUCGAAAUUAUCCAUGGUCGACCCGUUUCUUAUGCUGGAUCAUUUCGGUCCCACAUAUUAUAAACCCGGUGAAGCUGUCGGAGCACCGGAUCAUCCUCACAGAGGCUUUGAAACGGUUUCUUAUAUAUUACAAGGUUCCACUCAACAUAAGGAUAGUCAAAAUGGGAACGGCGUCAUGAAUCCAGGAGACGUACAGUGGAUGACGGCAGGUGCAGGAGUCGUUCAUGCUGAAAUGCCCGAUGAUGAUUUAAUGAAAAAUGGUGGUACGAUGGAAGGUUUUCAAUUGUGGGUUAAUUUACCGCGAAAAUAUAAAAUGGUAUCGCCAAGGUAUCAAAACAUCAAAUCAGAUCAGAUUCCUGAAAUAAAAUUACAAGAUGAUCGAAUCAAAAUUAGAAUUAUUGCUGGUUUUAUUAAUGAUAUUAAGGCUGUUAUUGAUACUAAAACCCAAAUUGUUUUUUUGGAUAUCCAUUUAACACGAAAUGUUCAAUUUUCGUAUCCUCUAUCAAAAGAUUAUAACGGCUUUAUUUAUGUUUACCGAGGUCAAGGUAAAUUUGGUAUCGAUAAUGUGUCAGCGACAGAAGGGCAAGCAUUAGAAUUUGCCAAAGACGGUGAUUGUAUUAGUUUACAGAAUGACAGUAGUGAACCAUGUAAACUGUUAUUGUUAGCCGGUAUACCGAUUAAUGAGCCCAUUGCUCGUUACGGUCCAUUCGUAAUGAAUACGAAUGAAGAAAUUCAACAAGCAUUUGCUGACUAUCGAGCUGGUAAAAUGGGAUCAAUCGAAGGAGCAGAAGAUAGAAGUGAAGCGACGAGAAAAGCAUUAGAGAAAUCGGGCGGACCAAUAGGAUUUUAG